CGCUCGGUUACCCCCCUCACCACUUCUCUAUGCAUGCUGUAGAUGGUUUUUUUUUUAAUUUUGAAUCAAAAUUAUUUAAUUUCCAUGAAGUUAAACGUAUACUUAGGGUUCCAUUGAGUGACUUUUAAACAUAGCCAUUAUCCGGCCGCAAUGCAAUAACCAAAACAGUGGGAAACACUCGACAGAAGAGAAACCAGCAACAACAAUAGCGUGUGUGUGCGGCAAAUUCUAAGCAAAUUAUUUCAAGGCGGUCAAAAGCGUGUGGCGGCGUGCGAGGUGGUGCAUGUAGCACGUUGUAAUUAGGUUAACACAGCAGCAGCAGCAUAAUAGUGAGUGAAAUAAUUAGAAGGCUAUCAUGGCGCAUCAGGGCAUGGAUACGGCCUUGUUCGAGCGUAGAUUGCGCCCAAUCUAUGACAAUCUGGAGGUGGGUAACAACCGCAAGGCACUGCAGGAAUCGGAGAAGCUGCUACGCAAGCAUCCCAGUAUGCUCUGUGCACGUGCUCUGAAGGGCCUGGCACUGCUCCGGCUGGGACGAUACGAAGAGAGCCACGGCUGUCUACAGGCAGUGGCCGAAGAGAAACCCACGGACGAUUCAACGCUCCAAGUUCUCUCGUUCUGCUACCGCGAAAUGGAGCAAUUGAACAAAAUUGUGGAGCUGUACCAGCAUGCGGUGAAGAAGAAUCCUGGCAACGAGGAGCUGCUGGCCCAUCUCUUCAUCUCGUAUGUGCGCGUCGAGGACUACAAGGCCCAGCAGGCGGUGGCCCUGCAGCUGUACAAGGCCCAGCCAAAGAAUGCCUAUUACUUUUGGUCCGUGAUCAGUGUGGUGUUCCAGGGCAUACGUGGCCCCGAAUCGGCAGUGCCAGAGAAGAGCAAAAUCUAUCUGGGUCUGGCACAGCGCAUGGUCGAGAAGCACAUUAGGGAGGGCAAACUGGAGUCGGAGCAGGAGGCCUUUCUCUAUCUGCACAUCCUGAAGCUGCAGAAGAAGUUCCAGGAGGCCUGGGAAUUCCUCACGGGCGAACUGUGUGCCAAACUCUAUCCGGGUGCUCCGGUUAGCAUGAAAUUUGAACUGCUCAAAGUGCUGGGCAACUGGCGGGAGCUGAAUGAGCUGUUGCAACAGCUACUGGAUGCAGAUCGCGAUCGUUGGGACUACUACAAGGAGUACAUUCAAAGCUGUUUCGAGAUACUUAAACUUCCAAUUACAGAGGGCGAGAUCGAAGAGAAAAAGUUCUCUCUGUCCGCCUGCCAGCAGUUUCUUCAGGGCAUUAUUGACUCCUCGGAGCGGAAGAGGCGUGGCCCAUAUCUGGCCCGUCUGGAGCUGCAUCAGCGUAUGCGUGCCCAUCAGCUGCCAGCUGAGGAGCUCAUCGGGAACUUUGACGAGCUGGUCGUCGAGUACUUCUCCCUGUUUGCCGACAAAUCCUGCUGUACCCAUGAUAUUGCACUGUUUUUGCCAUCGGUUAGUAUGAAACAGCGCCAGGCGCUGGCCAACAAACUGCUGCUGGAGAGUGGCGUCAGCUCCACAUCAUUGCCGAUGAAUAAGGAACAAAUGCAGAAGCACAUUUGUGCCUUACAAAUAUCAAGGAUGUGUGGUGCCCACAUCGAUCUGCCCACUGACCAUCUGCUGGCCUUCUACACGGCCCUGAAGCUGCACUAUGAGCAUGGCAGGAGCACAUUUGGCAACCAGCUGCUAUCCACCGAGAUGGGACCAUCGGAUCCGUACGCUCUGCUGGCGGCGAAUGUGAUGUAUGACAUCAGUUUACGGGAGAACAAGUCGGAUUACCUCUUCGAGGCGUUGUGCCUGCUGCAAUAUGUGCUGCGGAACAGCACCAGCAAUUUCCACGUGAAGCUUUUGAGCCUGAAGAUCUAUCACAUGUUUGGCUGCCUGGUGGGGGCACAGGAGAUGUACGAUUAUUUGGACAUUAAGCAGAUCCAACUGGACUCGAUGGGCUAUGUGCACUGCCAGCUGCUGCCGUUGUGCGGACGCUUCUCGGGCGCCAGAAAUUGCUAUGAUGCCACACUGAAGUUCUUCACCAACAGCUACAAGGAGCGAUUGGAGUACAUUGCGCUGACCUAUCGCUUUUGCACAUUCUCAAAGAUGGAGGAGUUCCUGAACUUCAAGGAGCGACUGACCAACAGUCUGCAGUAUGUGACGUGCUCGUUGGAGGCACAGAUCUGCGAUCUGGUUAGCUGCUAUGGCAAUGUCCAUCAGAAUCUGUCCGCCUAUACGGCGAUGAGCAUUGAGCCGGCCGAGGAUCGCAUUGCCUGGCACGAGUUGAGCGACAAUCGCGAUUUGGACGCCAUCAUUCGUUGGGAUCCAUUGCAUCAGGUGGAUGCGGCUGCCGAGCGCAAGGAUUCGUUUGACCAGGAGUUGGAAGUGUUGCAGCUUCGCUCGCUGAUGCUCCGUUUGUAUGCCACAUUUAUCGACCUGUAUCAUCCGCCGCCCAGCUCUAAGCCGUCUCUGAGCGAUGAUUCCAAGGAGGAGACACCCGCGCCGGAAAGUGCCACCGCGACCCUGGAGCUGUUGCGUGAUUCCUGGACGGGACUGUAUCAGCGUUUGAGGCUGAUGAACUACAAACCGUUGCCGCAACAAUUUCUAGUCAAUUUGCUGCCCACGCGGCUGCAUUUGCUGCUCGAGCUGCCGUACGAGCGUUUCUUUGACGAUCUGGCUCAGCUGGUGCUCGACCUGCACAGCGGGGCGGCAUCAUUGUCGGCGCAUUGCAAGCAGGUGGGCGACAAUGUGAUUGCCAUCAUGGAGCUGUGUGUGCAGACAAUCACCGAGAGCAACGAUUGGAAUGGCAAGGAUGGUCUGUGGAAGCGACGACAACAGCAGCAGAAAGUUGCUGCCAGUCUGGAGAUGCUCUCACUGUAUGCCUUCCUGCUGUCCGUGCUGAACGACAAGCUGCAGGUCAGCUCAAAGACCAAGAUCAAGAAGAAGCAAGGUGACAACAAAACUCUGGACACACCGCAGCCCGUCAGCGAGAAGGAGCGCAGCCAGAUGGUGCAAGAGCUGAUGCGGCAGCUCAAACAUAAACUAGAGGCCUGUGAUGCAGCCAUAAGGACCUGGAAAGCGCCGGUACUGCCACGUGAUCUAAGCUCCUUUAUGGCGGACAUGUCGCUAAAGCCCGAGGUGGAGGCGACGCUAAUUGGCGAUGUUUCGGCCACAUUCAAGGACUCGCACGAGCUAAUGGUCACCGAACUGCGGAAUCUGCUGAAAGACAAAAUUCGCAUGUUGGCCAAGUAGAUGGGGCCCGGCACGGCCCCCCAUCCCUUUGCUGUGCAAAGGAACCCAAGCCCAGCCCACAGCCGCCCACAAUCAUGAUCCAAGUUCAUAGUUUGUUAUUUAAUUUUGUUAAAAUAUAAAAAAAACACACACCGACUUCUCUUCUCCCCCCACUUCCUCUACAACAAAUUUAUCUCGAAAACAAAAGUCAAGUGUCUGCAGCCCAUCGCACCCCGCAAUCAAUUUUCAGCAUUUUCUCUUGUACAACAAAUAAAAA